AUGCGCCUCUUGUUCUGGAAGUUUUGCGCAAAUGCGCUGCCAGGAAGUCGUGGAGUUGCAUUCGGUGGAUUUCUGACCUUUGUUGGCAUAUCUGAACUGGCACAAGCCUGUGUGACGGUGCGGAGCACGCUUCAAAUCGGUGAUGAUGGUGGUGCCCAUGUCACCUUCACGGAUUGCCACAACAAGGAACAUGUGUUUGCUGGCGGUGCGCUGAACGUGGAGGAGGGUCUGACUGUCGUCUCGGGCACCUUGGAGAUCGCUCGCAGUAGCAGUGUCGCAGGUGGGGUGUACGAUGUGGGUGGCGGGGGCCUGCAUAUUGCAAACGGUGAUCUCCAACAAGAUGGUGGCAGGAUCAAGCUGUGGUCCAGUGCUACAAAGGGCUCGGGCGGCGGUCUGCGCAUUCAGAGCGGCGGCCUGCAUCAACAUUCUGGCGAGAUCAGCUGCCGAAACUGUAGUGCAGAGCAUAAUGGCGGAUGCUUGGCGAUUGAAGGCGAAAUCAAAGACGUAGCGCGAUCGGGGGUAAACUCCAGCGGCUCCAUCACGGCGGAAGGCUGCACAGCAGCGUCAGGUGGUGCUAUGGCAGUCCACCGCAGCGUGUGGUCAUUCGGCAACAUGAUCUUCAAGGGCUGUCGGGCAGUCGACUCGGGUCUGGCCGCCAUUUAA